UUAAUUCUUUUUAUAUCGCCAGCCGGUCCAUAGCGAGAGGAGAUCAAAACAAGCCAAAUUCAAUCAAAAACUAAGUUCAUAUAUUCAUGCAUAUGUUAGCAACUUUCCUUCCAGCUAAUUGGGUGCUUUUGGCAGCUGGUGAUCAAGCGAUGUGGAGUAAAAUUUCUAAAUUUGACAUGCAGAUGCUCCUAGGGCAAAGAAACGCUACAAUUUACCUUGGAGAGCAUUUCAAACAGAGGUAAAAUGAGACAGUAGAGGUUAAACAUUGGAGCGAAUUGAUGUCCCUUGCUCUGUAAAUCAGAAACCGUGAAACAGUUGAACGAGGAAUUACUUUAAAAGCACAGGCACCUUGGGUAGGAAAUAGAAUUCAUGAGUCAUCUGGCUUUACUUACUGUUCUAAAUUAGUCGAGAACUUUGGUUAAUAUAUACAAGAACUGAUAUCCGUUGAAGAGACUCUCUUUGCUCACUCGCGGAGUAAAAUCAAAUUAUCAAAAGAGGCCAAGGGUGAAAUUCUUAAUGGAAGUAUAUUCCAGAAGUACAACUCAUAAAUCCAUACAGGGAUUUUUUCUGGUUUCCAUAGACUUCCUCGCAAUCUCUGGAAAUAUCAUCGUCUGCUGGGUUGUCUUUAGAAAGCGAAAGAUGCUUCGCGUUCCAUAUUUAUACGUGUUUGCUUUAGCAGUCUCGGAUUUGACUGUAGCGAUAUGCUGUUUCCCUCUCUGUAUCCAGGCGUUUUUCGAAAAUGCGUGGGCUCACGGCCAUAUCUUGUGCCAGUUCACUGGUUUUCUCAUUUACUUCUGGGCAGGGAUUUCUGUUCCAACCCUUGCUUUAACUGCAGUGAAUCGCUAUUUCCGUGUGGUCAAAACGCAAAUAUAUCGAAACUACUUUUCGGUGAAGUCAAGCCUCUUCCUGAUCAUGUCUGUAUGGGUAUUUACGCUUUGUGAUGGUUUCUUAUCGACCUUCGUUGGACCAGUGAUAUAUCAAUACGAUUCGCGAUUUUUCUUCUGCAUUGGAACAUUCGCCAGCAAAAAGCACCGAUUAAUCAUCGGUGUGCUAUUGCACUUGGUUCAUGUCUUUAUUCCUCUUGUUGUCAUCGUGGCUUGCUACGCGAGUGUAUUCAAGACAAUACGAACGCAUAACGCAAAUAUAACGCCCUCAUUCCAAGCGUGGCGAAACCAGCCUUUGGUAGCCAUGAAUGCAUGGGAAAUACGUGUUACGCGGUUACUGUUUUUAGUGAUCUUAGGGUUUUUCGUAUGCUGGAUACCUGUCAUAAUUAUCGGGAUUUUGUCGCACUCAUCAGUAGCGAAUUUACCUGCAUUUGCUUACGAAUUGUACACCUUUUUGGCAAUGACUUCCACUGUAAUCAACCCAUUCGUAUACGGGUUGGGGAAUCGGGAAUUUCGGCGAGAGUUUAUGGGAAUUUUUAAAGGCACAUGAGUUGUUAAUAGAAGUUGUGACCGUGAAAUUUAGUUUGGUUUGCAAACUAGUGUUGGGAAUGUCUGAACGAUUGAAGAGAUUCAGGUUAUUAAUCAAAUCAAAAGAAAACAACUUGG